UAUUUGCAUACUGCGCAGUAUUUAGGAGGUGAUUGACGCUCCUCACUUCACUCUGCUCCUGCGACAACGAGGCGUUCUUCUGUUGGUUCUCUACAUAAAACCCUGAGCCUCCGCAAACAUGGCCGACAAACCAGACGUCACUGAAGUCGAAAACUUUGACAAAUCCAAGCUGAAGAAGACGGAGACUCAAGAGAAGAACACAUUGCCAACCAAAGAAACCAUCGAACAGGAAAAGGCAGAGUCAUCAUGAAGACCAGUCCUCCCCCUGCACUGUACAUUCCACAAGCUUUUGCCCUUUUUUUCAGACCUUUUCCAACAUGCAUUUCUGAUUAAUUGACUUAACAAUGGCUGUACACCACUCGCUUGCCCAAACGGCACUCUGUACAGUAAGGAAGGGUGGUUUCAUGUCGGCGUGGGUUUUCUGGUCAUCUGUUGCUGCAUCUCCAGAGUGGCGUCAACGAGCAGGCGUGCCAUUAAACAUCUGAUGGUCCUACAUUUGAUUGAUUGUAGCCCUACUCUUGGCUGCUUGUGAAUGCUCACCAAGCAAACUGUUUUGUAAAUCUGGAAUGCACAAGUUUGUUAAAUAUGCAAAAUAAAAAAAAAAUGUAAAUUGAA